CGAUGGAGGACAUGGAGUCGUACGUCGCGGCGGCGGCGGCGGCGGUGUCGAGCUUCGACAUGGAGAUCCGGAGCAUGCGGCUGCAGCACGCGACGUCGCUGGCGGGACAUGCCGGGGUUGAGGAGGCUGCAGGUGGUGGAGGUGGACGCAGCGGGCAGAGAGACGGAGGCGGAGGAGGGAGGAAAGCUGGCGAGCGAGUCUGGGCGGUGGUGAACACGACUUCGGACGGGCUCACGCAGCUCGCGACGUUGCACUCUGCCGAGGAGAUUGCGUUUGUCAAGAGGGUGAUCGACGCCAUGUUUGAGAAGUACAACACGCCCCGGAUCGAGGCCCUGUGCCUGGACUCGAUGCAGGCGAACAAGCUCAGGAUACCGCCGCCCCCGUCGGAAGACACGACCAUGGUGGACGACAAUGACGAGGACGAGGAUGGUACGACACAGCAGCAGCAGCAACCGACACAGACGCUGAAGGGGCUCAAGUCGAGCGAGGCCGAGGCGGUCAUGCACAGCAUGGUGGACGAGGGAUGGUUCGAGAAGACGCGCGAGGGCUUGUACAUGCUGAGCAGCCGGGCGCUGCUGGAGCUGCGGUCGUGGCUGGUCGAGGCGUACAACGACCCGGAUGCCGCCGAGGGGGAAUGGCGGCGCGUCAAGCACUGCGAGGCAUGCCGAGAGAUUGUCACCGUGGGAAAGCGUUGCCCGGAGCGGGACUGCCACAUGCGACUCCACGAGAUCUGCGACGAUGCCUUCUGGCGGACGAGGAGGGAUCGCGCGUGUCCCAAGUGCAAGACGACCUGGCCUCGUGGAGAGGAACAUAGGUCCUUUGUCGGGCCCAAGGCGAUUACAGAGACAGAGGCAUAUCAACGCGGCCGGAGGAGGAGCGGCAAGGCAAGGAAUAGCAACCUCGUCGAGCAGAUCAUGCAUGAGGAUGAAGAGGACGAGGACCCAGAGGGAGAUGACGACGAAGAGUGAAGGGCGCGGACACGAGGAAAACUGUGCAAAGACGAUGAGACCCACGACGAGCAUGAACACACACACAUGAACGAGAUUUAUACCAGCCAUCAAUUCGAUGCUUCGGGAGGAAGAAGCCAAGGAACGAUACCCAUUUUGCACCUGUCUAUUCCGCGAGACGAAACGAAAGCAGUCAGCCAGCACGGCGGGCUAUCACACAACGACGACAACUUCAGAACAUGUAGAGAAUUACAACAACAAAGUGCGGGAUGAAAGUACCGGCCCUCCGUCCACGUGAGAAGAGUUCGUGUUGCUCUAAUUCAUGUUCCAUCAAGAGGCAGGCUGCAUAGGCCCCGUAGAUCUGCCGUCAUCCUUGCAGG